UUCAAUUUAUUUAUAAAGGAAGAUUUCAAUAAAUAUAUGUAAUUAUUUUAUAGAUCAGUCAAAAUAACAUUGUGGUUAAAAAAAUACUUCUUGUUUAGUUUCUGGUAAAAAUGCUCCAACCUACCAGUUGCACUUGACAUUACCACAGAUCAAUCGAUUAAUUAACGUUUGGUAUUCAGUUAAUCACAACACUGACAAAGUGAUAACUCCAAAGAGUGUCUAUGCCAAUGCCAUCAGUGCUAUCUAUGAUGUGUUAGUCUCUUAUCUAAUUUGUCGGCCACUCUUGACAGCACUUUUCUCUUCAGUGUAAUCCUCAAGUACAAGUGCUGCUUUUGUAACUGCCAUUAUACGAGCUAUGAAAGCACGAAAUAGGAGACAUAAUUCCAGACAGAAGCAGGAGGACUUGUCACCACUCAGUCCGGGUGUGGAUGAUGUCCUGAUGAACUUUGAUCACUUAGGCACUACUCCGCCUCGCACCCGCAUUCGGAACAAGGAUAAGAGCCGGCGGGAGAAAGACGCAAGCACGAAGCCAGCUCCACGCAUUAUCUACAGUGGAAGGAGUUCUUCGGAGAAGAAUUUCUUCAGCAGAAAUAAUUCUGAAAGCUUUGAUGACGAAGUGGACAAUGUAGUGGACGGUCGCAAGCCCAGCUACAACAAGCGAACGAUGCAGCGUCUGCGGGGCUCGGAGCGUGACUUCAAACUGGAUCAGAGCGACAUACGACUCCCUGCUCCCCCACCCCGUGAGGACCGGGCAGAGAGCUUGCCCCCUCAGACACCCUUCAAGAUAUUCGGAUUGCAGGUGGAGUCAUGUAACCGGUUCAUGUCCCUCUCAUCAAAACUGGUCUCAUCGCGCAAUGUAAGGCUGCCACAACCAUGUUCUGCAGCCAGCGCAGACGAGGUGGCGCAGAGCCGCAUAGAGUUCUACCAGACGUUCUCCUUGCUGAUUAAGAUGGGAAAUCCGGAUCGCAACAACCCACCUUGUCCGGAUCGUGACUCUGUCUACUGCAAGCGACAGCUGAGCAAGGAAGAGCACAUGUGGCAGAAUGAGCUGAAGGAUCUAAUCUGGCUAGAAUUGCAGGCUUGGCACGCAGACAGGACACCUCAGCAGCAGGACGACUUCCUAUGUGAGGCCAGAGAGGCAGUACAGCCUUUGCUACUCGAGAUCAUCAACUACAGGUUUCAGAAGCGCACAGAUCCUACACUCAGUAAUGACAGCGGUAUCCAUAUUCCAGAGACAAUGCAGAGUAAUGAAGAGGAAGAUCACGACUGUUGCAUGCUGUCCAUGUUCUGUCCCCGCUGUAUGGAACAACAGAACAAUGCAUUGCGAGAUGUGGAGACCUUGAUGCGCAGGCUGCAGGCUGCAGAGGCUCUGUUCCCCUCCAGUAAAGCCUUUGCGGCCCAGUACCCCUUGUAUAUGAGUGACAAAUUGGUUGGGAGAGUCAAGGCCAUGUGUGUGUGGUACAACAUGACCAAGAACCACAGGCUCAAGCUGCUCAUCCUGGGCAAGCAGUUGCUGAGUCAUGCAGAGAAAAACCAGUCAGACGCUACUGAAUGGAUCGACUGUCAUAGUGUUCUGCAUGAGCUGAGUGAUCUGCUGAACCACAACAUCAAGUGUUCCUCCAGUGUCACCUCGGACAAGGACUGGCUUAAGGACUUCUAUGACACCCAGCCACUGCUGCGAGCUGCCAGCUACCUUGAACAGGCCGACAAGAACAAUCUUGUAUUCAGGAGUUACCUAGAAGAUGUGUUAAAAACCAAGGGGUUACGGAAAGCACUUAACUUUCUGGAGAAACUGCACAUCUCGAUGCUGCGGAAAGCGAGCUACACUUUACAGAAACCCAACUUGGACCAGAAAUAUGAGAAAGAGGGGGAGUGUUUCGAUGAGCAGGAGAUGCGCCGUUACGGCUACUGGAGUCCUGAAUCACAAGCACUGGGGCUUCCGUCGUAUCGUGCCGCAUAUCUUUUUAUCUCCCACAUCCCACUUGACAUGAUCCACGCAUACCUGCGACUGCGUCUAGAGACCAAACCAGAGCAGCCAUCCGUCAUGAGUAUCAGACAGCUGAUCCAAGAGCUGAAGGAGGGUCUUAGGCUGGCUGUGCUAAACCGACAAAGGUAUCUGGACAAUGUGAAAACUUCACUGUGGAACUGCACAACAGAGAUUGUGGAGAACUUCAAGAACAGAGUGACAGCAUUUGAUGCUAGUGUACAGAGUGUGCUGGAGGUAUACCUGGAGUAUCUUCAACAGUGGGUACAGAUGAUAGAGCAGCAGAGGGUUCAGAAGAAUAUCCUGAAGGAGGAAUGGUCUUUUAUCUCUGGCAUUACGAAACACAUUCCCGGCGGCCAAGCAGUUGUAGGCAGCAGCUUCUGUCGGAUGGCCACAUCCAUGUUUAAGAUCAACCGAGAACAGUUCAAGAAUCAAGUGGACAAGUUGACAGAAAGCAUUGCUCAUGUUACUGAGGCUGAGAGUGCGUUCAAGCAGACAAUGUUCUCUGUGUGUCGCAAACUACAAGUGGUCUGUGGAGAUGGCAGGGAGAAGAUUAUUAGUGUCCUCAUCCUAUCUAAGAUGCUGCGUAAAGAUCUGGAGAGUGACACCAAUGAAAGUGUACGUUCUUCGCUGUGUAGCAACAUCAUUGGUGACUCUCUUUCACAGCUUAAGAGAGAAGCCCUCAGCAUGUGUGAGUGUAUCUCUGAGAUUGUAAGGCAGAUAGAUGAGGCUAGCCAGGUGCCCGAGGACUGGGAUGAGAGUGAUAAGGAUGUACUUCAAAGUCGGAUCAGGGAAGUACUCCAUCAGUUCUUCAAAUUUGGCUUCGAGUACCAAAAGGAGGUCUGCUGGCUGGUGACAGGAGGGUCACGCUCUCAGCUCGCCCAACGUCUCAUCUCCUUUGCACAGUUGUGGAUGACAUUUGUGCGGACACGCUGUGAGCGCGGUCGUGGCCUCAGACCUCGCUGGGCCAACCAUGGCCUUGACUUCAUCAUGACUGUCUGCGAGCCCCACUUCACCAGCUGCAUCAGUGAUGAAGAGUUCGAGGAGCUGAAGUCCAACAUAGAUGAUUGUGUCUCCCAUGUAAUCGGCACAGCUGUGGCCAAUGGAGGCACCUCUCCUGGCACACCAGGCUCGUACUAUCGCAAUCGUGGUGUGUCUCCCUCCCCUUCCACCCCUCGGCCUACCCGUGUCUCCCGUCAGGAGAGGGGACCCAGCACCCCUGCCAGUCCGGAGAUCCGGAGCGAGGCCACAUCCUCUAACGAGGAGAAAGAUGGUACUAUUGUGGAAACGCUUAUUUGUCCUGUCCGCAAGGUAUCUCGACAAGACAAGUUGCUGGUGGCUGUGAAAGAGUUGGACCGCACUCUGGAGGAUAGGUUGCGGAACGACAGUCUUAUCGGCAACAUCGUGGCAGUGCGGGCCAGCAGUUCCGAGCAGACAUUCGUGCGGCCACGGACUGUCACCUUCGGCUGGCAGCGAGGCAUCAAGAUAGGCCAAGGCAGGUUUGGCAAAGUAUACACUGCCGUCAACAACGAGACCGGAGAGCUCAUGGCUAUGAAAGAGAUCGCUCUACAGCCCAAUGAUCAUAGGACCAUACGUAGCGUGGCCACAGAGCUAAAGAUAUUUGAGGGCAUUGUCCAUGAAAACCUGGUGCGGUACUACGGCGUCGAGAUACACCGGGAGGAAAUGCUGAUAUUCAUGGAGCUGUGUACAGAAGGCACCCUAGAGUCUUUAGUGGCAGCUACAGAAUCUGGGCUGCCAGAGGCCUGCAUCAGACGUUACACUCUGCAGCUGACCCGUGCCGUAGCGACUCUACACAAGCACUCUAUUGUACACAGAGAUAUCAAGAGUGCUAAUAUCUUCUUGACAGCAGAGGGCAAUUGUCUCAAACUUGGAGACUUUGGGUCAGCAGUGAAGAUCAAGGCUCACACCACUGUGCCUGGGGAAUUACAGGGCUUUGUGGGCACUCAGGCAUAUAUGGCUCCAGAAGUGUUCAUGAAAUCCAACUCAGACGGCCAUGGAAGGGCAGUGGAUGUCUGGUCUCUGGGCUGUGUGCUAAUAGAAAUGGGCUCGGGCAAGAGGCCAUGGGCAGAAUACGACUCCAACUACCAGAUCAUGUUCAAGGUGGGAAUGGGAGAGACCCCAGAGAUCCCUGACUCUCUUAGUGAGGAGGGUCAGCACUUUGCUGCAAAAUGUCUGGUCCAUGACCCCAAGCAGAGAGCCACAAUAACGGAACUGCUUGUCCACACUUUCCUUGCGGUGGAAGGAGAUGAUGAAUUUAUCUCAUCCACUGUGCCUUCCAUUUUGGAGGACUAUCUCAAGUUGGGCAUCAAGAGGUGAACUGUUGAAAGCAGGCUGUGUACAACCAUGAUAUUGGCAAAGUUCGCCUGUUGAGCACUCCCAGUACAACUGGAAAAGUUCUCCGAUUGUUUCUUUAUUUUUGACUCAAGUGUUCAUUGUAUUGCUGUAACUUUAUUUUUAUUUUAUAUAUCUUUAGAAAUUUUUAGAAAACUUUAUUGUUGGUACUUAAUGUUCGUUUUUUGUGUAAUUGCAUGUUAGUAAUUAAUUGUAACAUUUAAAAUUCACUGUACUUAUUUUAUUCAACUUUAUGAAUUUCCUAUCCAUUUUCACUAGUACUUUAAUGAAUUGAUUUACUCAUUUUAUUUCAGAAAUGUUUAUGGACACUAUCUUUGAUUUUACAAGUUUUUUUUUAUAUUUUAGAAUGUCCACAUUUGGUUACAGUUUUGUGUUUUGUAAUGUACAACAGAUCUGAGAAGAGAUGAUGGUGGUUGUGUUAUCAUCUACAUUGGAUGUGGUGUGGAAUGUUGACUAUAAAAUAUAUGAGUAUUUUAUUUUGUAUAAGGUUCAGGAAAGAUGGUCUCCAGUUUUUUUCUCAAAACAACAUCUGAAGAACCAGUCACAGUUUGUAACUCCAAAAGAGGAAAGCUGAAUCAUUAUAAAAUCUUAUUAAUUUACUAUGUUGAACAAAUAAUAAUUGAUAAUUAUUAAUUUUUAAAACUAAAAUCAUUCAUUAAAAAACUUAACCAACGCACAGGUUUUACAUGUAUUACAUUUUUUUAUCUACUUAUUUACUUAUAUUGUUUUUAUUUAAAUUAAUGUUGAAAUGUCUCCAUUAUAGUUAGUUUAUAAACUUGAAUAGAUUACAAGUGAAAACACAUAAUUUGUAAAACCAAAGAACCAUUUGAUUCUUAUAUCCAUCUGAUAAAAAAUUCUUAGUUUUUUUCUAAAUUCAUACAUAAAAAAAAUUUAGUCCUGUUUUUUUUUUUGUUAUUUGUAAAAUUGUCAUGAUGAAUCAGUUUUAUAAUUAUCAUUGAUAUAAUUUUUAUGUUAAUUAUAAAUAACAUCAACUGGAUUCAACCCUAAUUUAUGUAUAAUCAAUUUAAUAAUUCUCCCUAUUAGUAAUAAAAGAUUUGAUUUUUUUUAUACAUCUAUUUAUAUCAGGUAUAUUAUUUAAAGGUAAUAAGUGUUAGCAUAUUUGUUUUAUAUUUUGAAUUCAUAUUACAAUAUUUAGCUAUUUUACCGGUGUUGUGGUAUAAAUUGAGGUCAAUUUCAGCACAAAAGUAAGUAAAUUUAUAAGACAUAAUGUAUUUAUCUAUAACUGAAUUAUUUCUUCUGUUAAAAUAUUAUAGUAAUACCUUGAUUAACCAUCUUUAUCAUGACCUAGAUUGUGAUGGAAGAGCAAAUAGAUGGAUAAUAGAAAUACAGCAGAACUCCAAACUAUUAUUUUACCAGUAGAUUUUUACUCUUGUUUUGGUAUGAAAUUAAAAUGAAUGUGUUUACGAUUAAAAACUCAGUCUGGUUAUUUUACUACUACAAUGAGAUAACUACUGUGCAAGCUGGUUAUAAUAAGUUUGAUAAUCAAUAAGUUUUAAGUAGUGAGAAACUGCAUCUUUAAUUUAAGUAUGUAAUACAAAAUUUAGUUUUUUACUUGUCUUAUGACCAAAUGAAGGUUACCUUCCAGAUAUAUUUUUCAAGUGCUGUUUUUAAAUAGUAUCUUAUUCACAUCAAUUUGCAUGUUGCAUAGUCUUAGUGAAAUUUAUAUAUAUAAAAAAACAGUUGGGACAUUAUUUACUUUUAUUAUUUUAUUUCAAAAACCUGUUUCAACACAUUAUAGAUAUAAAACAGCAAAAGUAAAUAAUGUCCCAACUGUUUCAAGUUCAUUUAUAAGUAUAUUGUUUUAAUAGUACUUUUUUGAGUCAUUAAAAUACUAAAUUGUCAUGUAGAAACUUAUUUGAUGUAUUUAUAAAUAUAACCUUCGUUAUUUUAUUUCUGUUUUUAUGAUUAUACAAAAUCAAAUGUCUGUAAUAAAAUACAAACUCAUCUCAGGGAAGGUUUAGAGGCUCAAAACGUAAAAAUGCAACAGACGAAUUAAUAUUUUUUAUUCACUGCUUUAUUUUAUAUAAUUAUUUGAAUGUUAUAAUGUUCAGUACAUAAUAUUUUGUACGACAAAAACAACCAUAAAAGUCCUUGAAUUUUAUCAAUAAAAAAUAAUAGCUCUUUUUCAGUAUUUUAACCCUUGAAGUGGAAGUAGAAAUUUCCUAAAAUGACCAACUAUUUUUGGGUUUUGUAGACAUGCAUGUAUUUUUAAAAUACAUAUUUAAUAUUACAAACCUAUAUUUAUUGCACAUAAUGUUUCCAUAAGAAUCUAUAGAUAAUUACUGCAUGUAAAGUUCUACUUUUUAAAUAAACUUUUUUGUUGAACCAAAUACGUUUUGAAAAAGGUUUUUUGUUUUCAAAUGUUGUGGGAGUGCACUGAACAUUUGAUAAUAUAAAAUAUUUUUAAACCACAUUCAAUUUUAUACAUGGUCGAUAGAAGAUAACUAUGUUACUUCAAAACUACAAAUAGUAUAAAACAAAUUAUAUUGGGUUUUAAAAAAAUUGUGAGUUAAAUUCAUAGCUCUUUAAGAUAAUUUCCGUGGAAACAAAAUAAGUAAAAACAAAGAAAACUUUUUGGACACUCCAUGUGAAAUUACAGGGGUUUAAAAUAGGAAAUGUAGACAAUUUUGUAUUAAGGCCCAAAUACAAACGGUUGAAGAUAAAAAUAUAAAAUUAUUAUAGUAUGUAGAUUGUUGCUUCACGGAGUGACAUUUUUUUAAAUAUUUGUUCUUUACAAAAUUAAAUAUUAGAAAAAAACAUUUUACUCCCUGAAGUUAUAACUUAUUUAUUAUUUUGUAAACAUUGGAUCUCCAUGUAGUAAAACAAAAUAACCACUGAAAUCAGCACCUCUAUGUAGGUGGUGCGCAAAAGUGGGGGUGCCAUCAGAUUGUCUAGUCAGUUGGCCAUUUUAAGCUAGAUUUAAACCAACUGCAGUUAGGCAAUCCAGUUUGAAUUAAAAAUCACCAUACAAUUCUUUCUAUUUCGAUUCUUCUCGUGACAAAGUCGUAAUAAUGGCUAACAGUGACUCAUUUAUUGGUUUAUUACUGUAGUUAAAAUAGCUCAAGGUGCCUUCAGAAUAUAUUGUAAAACUAAAUUGUCUAUUUUAUUAAUGAAUUUUGAACACAAAGUAUCGACUGACUAGAAAUAGAAUAUUUUUAUACGAAGAAUGAACACAACUGAAAUAAUAGUCGAGAAAUCUGUGGAUGGUGUUUGUUUUAUGUCAGUUCUAUGUAGUGUUAAUAUUUACUCUUAAUAAGCAUGUACAAAUUAUUUCUUCCCAACACAUUUCCAUUUUCCUUUUAGUAAAAAGCUCUCAUAAAUGGUUAAAUGGUCUACACAGUUUUCAGUCAUAACUGAUAUCAGAUUUAUAGGGGAUUCAAAAUCUGCCACAUUUCUAAAUUGAAAAUAGUAAUAGUAAUAAUUUUAUAAAUGGAAAUGUGUUAUCUUCAUAUCCCUGCUGUUACCCAAUAGUUAUUUUAUUGUUGUUUGAUUCCUGGUACAUACAAACUACUUCUUAGUAAACUUGUUGUUAUUGUUGAUUUUAUUCAUAAUAUCUAGAAAGUAAUUUAAUUAAAUGUUAAGUUUGUUGUAAAAUUAUUAUUGUUGCUGAUUAGUUAUUAAAUUUAAUGGUUUAUACAAAAAUAAUCUUUUUAUUAUGAUCAUAAAUGAAACCCAGCUUGGA